CUCUUUCAUUCUUUUGCCAUCGAUAAUGGGCGAUAUGAGUUUCCCUUUCAUUGCUUUCUUUCUUAGCGCCCGGAAUAGAAUGGCAACUUAAUAUGGCGUUUUCUGCAAAGAACGUAGAUCAUCUGCUCGUUGGUUUCAUGCAAUCAUCCUUGGGGCCAUGGUUGACAGGAAUUCGUGCUAUACAUGCAGCCACGAUUGCAGGGUUAUUGGCUUGGAUGCUGUCCCCCAUGCUGGAAAGCGCACUAUUUUCAAUUCAUCCAUUGUCGACAGUCAGCUUAUCACUCCCCGUCACGGUCCACUCCUUGACGUUUCCGCGAUACUCAUGUCCAUUUUUCAUGUUCACCGCUCGUACAUUUGCACCAGAUCUCUCGAGUCGUGCGCUGAAUAAAUAUCGUGGAACAGCUUUCUAUGCGGUUGUCUUUAGAAUUCUCGGACGGAUCUACAGCCUGACGACUUUGUUCAAUCUAAUCUUACGAGUCAGCGUGAUGGGCAAUGAUUAUUCAGAGCAUGCGGUUCCAAGCCUGACAAAUCAAACGCUGUAGACUUCAUGAUAUGGAUACGAAUUUGACUGUGCUGCGGUCACUCAGCUCUGAGGGUGAAACUGUUCGAUAUCCAACACAUCAGAUACCUAGCGACGGACGAUCCCUGUUCUAUUCGCACUGUCUAAUCCCAUAACGGGACGACAAGCCACUCAUUAUGACCGCCGCUCGACAUCCAUUCACUCGCAUUCGGAUCCGGACUUUAUUUAAUCACGACAUAAAGCAUCAGUUCUGCCAUUCACUUGGAGAACACGGAAAUAUAUCCCGUACUACAGGAUAAUUUUCGCUGAUGUGGAUGAAG